AUGUGUCUAAUCUUUAGCAUCACGCACCCCGAGACCGACACCUCGCACUUCCUCGACCCAUUUCACUGCUGCGACCUUGUCUCCACAGAGUGCAAAGCUGGGUAUCACAAGUUCGACUUGCAGGAACCUUUGAGCGAUUGCGGGUCUUGCGCGAAGCUCCAUGGGCUGGAGUUGGAUCCAGAUGUUCGGCCUAUGACGUACUAUCCGCCAAUUGAGGAUUUUGAUCUUGAGUAUGUGGGCGAUACGGGGUAUCAGAUUGUUGGACGCGAGAAGGCCGGUCACGAGAAUGGGGAGGAGGAUGCGAAAUUAGAGGCAGAGGCAGAGAUAGAGGCGACGGUGAAACUAGAGCCUAUGGUUGAAGAUGUGUUCAAGAUCGAAGAAGAGAAAGAGGAGGGUGGCGAAGUCGAAAAAUCGAGAGAGAAGAACGACACCAAACUCGACGACGACGACGACGAAGAAGAAGAAUACAGCGGCAGCUUGCGCAGCUGGGGCAGUCUAUCGGACGUCGACAGCAUUACAUCACACUGGCGUCUCGACAACCACAUUUCCACAGCACAAGACUGGUACCACUACUACACACAUCAGUACGCCGCAUUCUCGGCCCCUCACGACAAUCAUUACCAAGGUGGAUGGUUGGUUCCGAUGUACGGCAAUCAGGGUGAGGUUUUAUAUGCGCCGCAGGAGUGUCAUUGUUGUGUGCAGGCGCCGUCGCAGCCGAUUCAUCAGGGUGGGCCAAUUUUCCCGAUGUAUGGUCAGCAGGGUCAGGUUGGGUAUACGCCGCAGGAGCGUCACGUGGUCCCGACGCCGACUGUGCAUCAUGGUGGACCGGUGUUCCCGACGUACGGCUUUCAGGAUCAGACUUGGUACCCGCCACAGGAGUAUCAUCGUUCUCUGCAGGUCCCGACACCACCGAUCCAUCAGGCGGGGCCAGAAUAUACAGCCUACAACAACCAGGAUGCCGGUUUUCACACCCAUCACACUCAUCAUCACGCCGUUCAGAUACCUGCAUUCUCGACCCCUCCGCCACAGCAAGCAGGACCAGCGUUCUCAGCAUACAGAAAACAGGGUCACUCUGUCUAUAUACAGCAUACACUUCACCAUACGCCCCCCGCACAGCAACACCCUCUUCCCGCACUCCAGGGACCCACACACCCGCCUCCCGCUCCAAACCACCAAACCGGACCGACUUUUCCAGCAACCGGUAACACGGUUCCAUCUUCCUACAUGCCGCGUACUCCCCACCUAUCUCCACCCAAGAAGCACGCCCGCCACCCAUCGUCUCCCCGCAAACAGCAACAAAAACCUGCUUUCUCAACCCCCCAGACGAACCACAAAGGAGUACUGGUAGUAGCACCCUACCAUGAUACGAACUUGAGGAAUCCCGGUUUUUUCGCACCCACACCGCAUACACCUCAGCAUUCGCCUCCUAAGCACGCAUCUCCAAGGAAACAUGCAUCUACCCCUAAGCCUGCGAGUCCCGUUAAACACGCAUCUCCCCAGAAAAAUGCGGCUACGACUCAGGACGAAUCCCCGAACACGACCCUGCACCGAAAUCUCGUCUCUACACAGCUUGCCCAACUCCCGCCCAAACCCUCACCAAACACGAACAUCCACCGCACCCUCGUGUCCAAUCAACUCGCACAACUGCCGCAGCAUAUCCGUCAGACCAGCCCAGUGAAGGCUCAGCGUGCUGUGUUUAAUACGACGACAACGGGGUUUGCGGAUCUUGGAUUUCCUGCGGGUCACGGUGGUAGUAGUGCUGGUGGUAGGUUGUUCGCGGGGUUGUACACGCCGCCGCCGCCGCCGCCACCGCAGACCAGCCCGAAACCCCUGGAUGCGGGGUUGUAUGCGCCGAUUGCCUAUACAUCGCCUGUGAAGGGAAAGGGUGUGGAUGUCUUCCAGGAACCGAGUAUGCCGGUGAAGACGCAGGGAAAGGCUCAAAAGCAGAAGCAGAGCGGUGUCACGGAGAAAAUUCCAAUCUUCGACUUUAAUACUUCCUCUACACCCGCAGCGCCAGCCGCUCACCCGCAGCCCAACCCGCAAGACACUACCGACAAAAAGGGAAAAAGACGUCAGCGCGGAAAGAAAAAGGCUCGAGCUGAGCUUCUUGAGAGUAAGGAUGACAGCAAGGCCGAGGCCAAGGGGCCGGAGAUGUUCGUUUUCGGUGCUGGUGGGGGGAGUGUACAGCGGGGUGAGGGGUCUAAGGAGGUCUAA